AUUGCUUUCAAUUUGGCCAAAAAUUACUUGGAGGAAAUUCUGUGAUUUCUAUAUUUUUGAAUAAUUUUUAUGCAUUUUUGGGAUACUUUGGUUAUAAUAUCACAAUGGAAAAACGACAAUUGCGAGGAAGUGUAUCUAAAACGGAUGAUUGGAUAAAGUGCCAAUCAAAAAAGCGGCCAGGCCAAUGGUACAUGUUCAACAAGGCAACUGGCGAAACCAAAUGGUGCAGUGAGUUUGUGGAUAAUGACGCCAAGCCGACUAGCGUUGCUGAAAAAGGAAAAGCACAGUCACCACCAAAGUGCAUAGCUAAACCGCUCCGUACUCCUGCCCAAGAUCGUCUUAAACGUCUGCAACAUAAUUUAAAAACGACUCAAAAGGAUAAGUUACCUCAAAAACAAGCGAAAGCGCGGCGAGGGAGAAGUCAAGACAAGGACAUCGGAAUUGAGAGAGAAAAUAAAAUUGAUGAUUCCAAGAAAGCCCAUCUUCAAAAAGACAACAAAUUGAAUAUAAAAUCUAAGCCAUCUGAAAGCAAAAUAGAUGUGCAAAAAGAUUUCCAACCAUCAACAAGCAAAAGUGCUUUGUCAAUUAAAAUGGAAAAGGAUGAGAAUGUGGCAGCGAACACUACGCCACAAAAAUUGAGUUCAUCAAAGAAAUCGAAACAAAGUUCGCCGAAAAAAGAAGUUAGAAAACGAGCAUCCUCCAAUUUUGACAUCGAAUCAAUAACUAUACCCCAGAAACGUGCANGUUAA